ACAGCUACAAGAAGCAUGCUCUACAACGUUUUAUGUUGUCAUUUGUUCUACGUUCUUGAAGUAUUUUAAAAAAUAAAUAAGAGUAAAAUUUGAAUUGUGCGACACAAAUAACACAUAAUAGUUGAAUUUAGAAAAAAUUUACUAUAUUUUUAUCAAGUGUAUGCGACAUGUGAUACUUUUAUCAUUCUCUGCAUACAACAAAUUGUUAAAGUAUAUAGGUUAUUUUAAACAUUUUUAGAAACUUUGACUGGUUCCAGAAACGCGAGAGUAUUUGAGGCAAUUAAAAUUUUUUGAGUGACAGAAAAAGAAUAAUUGAACACGUUGCUCUUUCCUUAUAUUCGAUAACUAAGCAGAACACGAUAAAUAUCUGUAGGACUUCAUAGAAAUAUCUGUACAAUAUCAUGGGAUCUAAUCACGAUCAAACAUUUUUGCAUGUACUUCGUGAGGAAAAAAACAUUAGUAAUUUCUUGGACGCCUUUUUUGGAUUUUUAUAUAGAUGCACAGAUUUUUAUGUUGAAACAAACUCGCAACAAAAAUUGGGUUUUCCACCAGGAAUAGCAGAGAAACUCGUAUUAAAUACUAUGUACAAAUGGAAAAACUCAGCAUUGUCUUUGCAAAAGACACCAUUGUCUGUGAAUGAUAACACAAACAGAAGUGGUACUUCAGAUCAAUUUGUUUUGAUGCAAAAUGAAAACUGUCAAACUGUAGAACUACCUCCACCUAUGGCACAAGAGAUUGAAAUUGAUUCGUGUAACAAAUCAAAUGAUAUUAAAUCAUUCUCUAAGCAAUCGUUGAAGACAGACCAUAUAUCAGAUAGUUACAAUGGAGCUGUAAGAGAAAAUUAUAUUUGGACCCAAACUCUGAGUGAUUUGGAUGUACUUGUAAAAAUACCAGAACACAUAAAAGCAUCCAAAGAUACAAUUACAGUCAACAUAAGCGCCAAUGAGAUCAAAAUUGAUGGAAAACCUUCUGUCUCUUCAGUAAAUUCUGAAUGGGAAAACAUUUUCAGUGGCAAACUUAAUUUUAAAAUCCGCAGAGAUGAAUCUACAUGGAGCAUUGAAGCUGGAAAACAAAUUAGUAUUCAUCUUGAAAAAGCUAUGGAAAGAUGGUGGGAAUCCUUAGUAAUUGAUGAACCAAAAAUUGACUUAAAUAAAAUUGACUGUACAAAGCAUUUUGAUGACAUGGCACAGGAAGAACAAAUGAAAGUACAAGAAUUGAUGUGGAAUCAUCAACAGAAGAUCUUGGGCAAACCUACAUCUGAACAAAUUAAGAUGGAGGCCACUUUGAAACAAGCGUGGAAUGCUAAAGGAUCUCCUUUUCAGGGUAUGCCUUACGAUCCUUCCAUUUUAAAGUACAAUUAAUGUAUUUUAAUAUAUUUUAUGAAAUUAUAAUGUUUAUGUGUCAGAUAUUAAUUCUGGAAUGCUACUCAUAUUUUUCUUACAUUAAUACUAUUUUGAGUAAAAACUCACGUAAUUAAAAAUUUUUUAAUACUUUUUUCUAUUUUAUGGGUUGAGCAAGGAGUUAGAAUAAUUAAAUAAUGCUAUUUUAUUGUAAAAAGGUAUUGUUAAAUAUAUUGUUAUUUUAAGCUAUCAAAAUUUAAUACAAAAACUAUAUUAAACUUGAAUUAACACAUAGGUGAAAUUGAAAAUUCACCUAGAAUAGCAUUCCAGGAUAAAAAUCAGAUUAUGUUUAUAUUAAAUAGCUUACAUUAAACUAUUUAUAUUGUAAUAAUUUUAUAAUGUGUGUGUGUGUGUGUGUGUGUGUGUGUGUGUGUGUGUGUGUGUGUGUGUGUGCGUGCGUGUGUGUGUGUGCGUGUGCGUGCGUGCGUGUGUGUAUAAUAUAUGCUACAAUUUUAUUGCCUAGAAAUCUUGUUUUGAUAUCUUCGAUAUUUUGCCUUACAUAUUCUAUGUAUUUAAUAUUAUAAAAAUUAUGAAGAGAACGAAAACAAUGAAGAAUAAUGUUUAAGUAUCUUUAAAUAAAAUAAUCCAAAUUAA